CGACAGACACUCGUGGCCCUGUCUGUUAACGAUAAGGGGUUGAUGGGUCACGUCUCUGCUGGUGUGUUGAAGCCCUUCAAGAUGGCUUCGAAAGGAGCAUGGUUAUUCAUAAUACUGUCUACAGUGGCCUGUACAGUUGCUGGAGCAUUCGAUAAAGCAAAAGUCGACAGUUUUAUGAAAAGCUUUCUAGGAUGUCACACGAAUAAGAACCCCGGUCUUGCGGCGUCGGCGGUUAAGGACGGUCAUGUGGUGUUUGCCGACGGCUAUGGGGUGUCGGACACGACGACCAGACGACCGGUGACCAAUCAGACGCUGUUCGGAAUAGCCUCCAUGUCCAAGGCGUUCGCAGCCGCGCUCAUGGUCAAGCAGCUGCAUGAGCGAAACAUGUCCAUAUACACCAAGCCAGGUGACAUUAUAAAAAAAGGUUUUGCGUACAACACGAGUGAAUUCACGCAAUACGCAACUGUCCGUGACCUCAUGACCCACUGUCUCGGCGUGCCGUCCAAUCAGAUGAUGCGCCUGGAUAAGAACAUAACGCGAAAAGAGGCGGCGAGACGCAUCCGGUACUUUAAGCCGAUCUACAAGUUCCGGACGCACUUCCUUUACAGCAACUUGCAUUAUGGGAUUUUGUCUUACUUAAGCGAGAUACUCGGCGGGAAACCCUGGGAGGAUCUCAUCCAAGAGAACUUCUACGACCCUCUUGGUAUGAGCCAUUCGGACUUCCUGGCGCGCGCCGACAGAAAGGCCAAGGACGUUGCCCAGGGUUACGCCGAUGACGAAAUUCACGGUGGACUGGUUCCUGUACCGGAAGAGGUUAACAAACAAUUUGCCAUCUAUGCCGGCUCUACCGGAGUAAUGAGCUGUUCGGAAGACCUCACCAAGUGGAUGCUCAUGCAGCUAGGGGACGGGCGCAGUCAGAGCGGGGCGGAAGUGCUGCGCGCCAGCGACCUCCAUCAGACGCACACCCCGCAGACGGUCAUCGCGAGUUCCACUGUAGAAAAGAAUUUCCACCAGCCGCUGGCUCCAUUCACUGUCACAGAGACGGGAUACGCGUUUGGGUGGAAAACUGGACAUUACAAAGGAUAUAGCAUGCUACGUCACACCGGGACAACGUUCGGUUAUUCAUCGCUUGUAACGUUGCUGCCUGACGUCAAUAUCGGCGUGUUCACCACCAUGACGGGAGAGGACGAGAGCUACGUCGCGAGAACCUUGCUGCACAGUUAUCUCCUGGACACUCUGCUGGGUGAGGAGCCAUCCAUCAACGAGACGACCGUGUGCACGUAUCCGGAGCCCUGGUACCCAGCCAAGAACUCAACGACCAGACCGAUCGAUAAGACGAUAGCGCCGGGUCGGGCACUGUCCCAGUACACGGGCGUGUACCAUCACGUGGCGUACGGAGAUCUGGUGGUGUCUAUUAAUCAGACAGUCAACCAGCUGCAGCUGGAUUACGGUAUAGGCCAGUGGAUUCUCUACCCGACCCACGGACACGACACGUUCGUUGGAGAGGCAUUCGGGCUCAUGUACCGUCUCACCGAUCUGCGGACGGAACUGCGCUUCCACAUGCACACCCAGUCCCCGGUCACUCUUGUGAUACCGGGCUUCGAGUCUGAUGACCCGCCGGUUUUUGUGAAGACGUCUAGCCAUGUGCCCGCCAACCCGGGCAUCGUAGGAUAGCCGACCCACCGCAUUAUCGGAACCUUUGUGUCAUCGAAUAUAUGAUUCGUUUUACAAAAAAUGUUGUUGUUUUUUACAAUCAUGUAUUUGGUUCCGUAUAAUGAAUUCAUUAUGCUUGCAAGACUUA